AUGGAGGCCCUGCAGGUGGGGAGGUACUGGGGUGUCGGGGGACGGCGGUGCGGGGCGUGCGGCGGCUCGCCGGCGGCGGUGCACUGCCGGACGUGCCCGGGCGGCGGAGCGUACCUGUGCACGGGGUGCGACGCGGGCCACGCGCGGGCGGGGCACGACAGGGUGUGGGUCUGCGAGGUGUGCGAGCGCGCGCCGGCCGCGGUCACGUGCCGCGCCGACGCGGCCGCGCUCUGCGCCGCGUGUGACGCCGACAUCCACGACGCCAACCCGCUGGCGCGCCGCCACGAGCGCGUGCCCGUGCAGCCCAUCGGCGCGGCCGCUCCCGCCGCGGAGGCGCUGCUGUUCGGCGCCGCCGCCGAAGAGAAGGACGACGACGACGCCGCCACGGCGGCCAAGGUCGUCGUCGACGCCGGUAAGCUGGACUUCCUGUUCGCGGACGUCAUGGACCCGUUCUUCGGCCAAGACUUCGCUGGUGGCAGGUUCCCGCACGCCGACAGCGUUGUGCCUAACAACGGAUCCGGCGUCGGCGCUGUGGACCUUGACUUUGGGGGUGGCGUCGCCGCCGCAGCCGUCGCUGCCAAGCCGUCCUACAGCUCCUACACCGCGGCGUCGCUCGGGCACAGCGGCUCGUCGGAGGAGGUCGGCCUGGUCCCAGACGUGAUGUGCGGCCGCGGCGGGAGCGUGACCGGCGGCGUCAUCGAGCUCGACUUCGCGCAGUCGAAGGCGGCCUACCUACCUUACGCUGCUGCAACUCCUACCCACAGUGUGUCGUCUUUGGACGUGGGUGCGGUGCCGGAGCGCAGUGACGGGGUCAUGGCGGGCAGGGUCGCGACAACGCCGGCGGCGGCCGCGGAGAGCAGGGAGGCGCGGCUGAUGCGGUACCGUGAGAAACGGAAGAACCGGCGGUUCGAGAAGACGAUCCGCUACGCGUCCCGGAAGGCCUACGCGGAGUCGCGCCCGCGCAUCAAGGGCCGCUUCGCGAAGCGCGCGGACGACAACGACGCCGACUUCGACGCGGCUGCCGCGGCGCCGGCGUGGUCGUCGCAGCAGCAGCCAUCCUACCCCUACGUGCUCGACUUCGCCGCCGGCUACGGCGUCGUGCCCACAUUCUGA